AUGGCUAACGAAUCUACGAUUGGACUCUCGGAGUUCGAAAAGCAGCGCCUUGCGAAUAUUGCGGAGCGAGAUGCGCUUCUGAAGCAGCUCAAUCUUAAGGCGCAAUCCAAUGGCAUCUUCGGCUCUCCGAAGACCCCUCGCAACAAUGCCUCGAAGUCGAGAAAACCCACCCCAAAACGAAUCAAAGAAGAGGACACCUCGAUACUUCCUCGACGACAGUCAUCCCGUCUGAAGGGUAUCGCUGCAGAAAGCGAAGUCCUCAAGCGCAAAGCCGAAGACGAUUAUGAAGCGGCGAAGGAAGCCGAUCGCGCUAAGCGCAUGCGCCGAACUGACGAAUUCUCGCAAAGUGACAUGUUCAUUGCUGGGCAGAAGCUGAGCGGAGACAGUCUUGUCGGCGUGGAUGUCAUUACGAAAGGUGUCGCAGAGCCAUACGUCCGGACUUUCGACGAGGACGACAUCAAGAAAACUACGAACAAGGACUUGAAGGCGCUACGGGAGGAAAUGAGUGGUCUACAGCUAUGGGAGACCUGGGAUCCGCAAAGAAUCAAGAUCACUCCUGAACGAGUUUACUCCAUGACUUUCCACCCCUCAGAAUCGAAACCGCUCAUCUUUGCAGGUGACAAGAUGGGUCACCUCGGUAUUCUAGACGCCUCUCAGGAGAAGCCAGAUGUGGGUGAUGACGACGAGGACGACGAUCCUGAUCCGGUCCUCACUACUCUCAAGCCUCACACGCGCACCAUUAGCUCCAUGAUGGUUCACCCGUCUAAGCCCACCCAUCUCUACACAGCCAGUUAUGACAGCUCAAUUCGCGAGUUGGAUCUUGAGAAGACGACCUCUGUUGAGAAGUACGGACCGGAAUCGAAGAAUAUUGACGAGGCUCUUUCCGCCAUUGACAUGGCUGGAGACGAUCCCAACACAUUGUAUUGGACGACUCUGAAUGGUGGUUUCGGUCGAUAUGACACGCGCACUCCUCUUUCUGAGAAAACCGUCUCGACCUGGCAGCUUUCUGAAAAGAAAAUCGGCGGUUUCACAAUUUGCCCUUCUCAAUCCCACUACUUUUCAACCGCAAGUCUGGAUCGUUUCCUAAGGGUGUGGGAUCUGCGCAACCUGUCUUUUGAUGAACCGGCCUCGGUAGCUGAACAUGAAAGCCGUCUCUCUGUUUCUCACGCUGCAUUCAACGCCGCCGGUCAAAUCGCUACCUCUUCUUAUGACGACACGCUCAAGCUUUACGACCUUGGCGCCAAGGGUCUUUCAUCCUGGGAGAAGGGUCACGGCAUCUCUGACCAUGAUUUUCGCCCUGAUACCGUUGUCAGACAUAACUGUCAGACUGGCCGUUGGGUUACCAUUCUUCGACCUCAAUGGCAGCUGAAUCCCCAGUCACGUAUUCAAAGAUUUUGUAUCGGUAAUAUGAAUCGCUUUGUUGAUGUCUACAGUGGAUCCGGCGACCAGCUUGCUCAGCUUGGCGGCGAUGGCAUCACUGCUGUCCCUGCCGUUGCAGUCUUCCACCGCAGCAAAAAUUGGGUCGCCGGUGGCACCGCCAGUGGCAAGGUCUGUCUUUGGAUGUAG